AUGGCCAAACGCCCCAACUUCCUCGUUGUCGUUGCCGACGAUCUCGGCUUCUCCGACGUGGGCUGUUUUGGAGGCGAGAUUCGCACCCCCAAUAUCGACCAGAUCGCAAAGGAAGGUCUACGAUUCACGGAUUUCCACGCCGCUGCGGCAUGCUCUCCCACGCGAGCAAUGAUCAUGACCGGUACCGACCACCACAUUGCUGGUCUCGGUAAUCUUAUUGAAUGGACCAACAUAUCUGGUCAGAACGGUCCCAAGGGAUCUGCUAUGAGUACGGCUCCUCAGCGUGGCAUGCCCGGAUACGAGGGGUACCUAAAUGAACGGGUCGUUGCACUACCGGAGUUACUCCGUGACGAUCCCCCCCACAAGCGUGGUUUCGUUCGAUCUUUCGCCCACCUGCCCGCCUGCUCCAACCACUACGCCUACGAACCCGAGUUGCGAGACAAGGACCAGAUCCCGACUUUUAUCGAAGCCUCGUAUAUCGCUCUGCAUAUGGAAGAUGGCGAGUACGUGCGCAAGCUGCCAGAUGACUGGUACUCGUCCGAUGGUUAUGGUGACAAGAUGGUCGACUACAUACGCGAGUGGAAGGAGAGUGGUGGCAGCGCAGGUCCUGAUGGUAAUGGUGACCGUCCUUUCUUUGGAUAUCUGCCUUUCACGGCCCCUCAUUGGCCUCUGCAGGCUCCUCGGGAAUACAUUGAUCACUAUCGUGGUGUGUAUGAUGAAGGCCCUGAUGUGCUGCGCCAGAAGCGACUGCAACGCCUGAAGGAGCUGGGUAUGAUCCGAGACGAUGUUGAAGCACACCCAGUCAACGCUGAGGAAGUUAAGCCUUGGGAUGAUUUUACUCCCGAUGAGAAGAAGAAGUCCGCAACUGCCAUGGAAGUCUUUGCUGGAAUGGUGGAAUGCAUUGAUAGUAACGUGGCCAAGGUAGUCGAAUAUCUGCGCUCGAUCGACGAGCUAGACAAUACCUUUGUCUGCUUCAUGUCCGACAAUGGUGCCGAGGGUGCCGCGUACGAGGCCUACCCAAUGGUGCAGAACGGCGUGAUGCCUCACCUACAGAAGUACUACGAUAACAGCCUCGAGAACUUGGGCAACGGUAACUCCUUUAUCUGGUAUGGUCCGCGUUGGGCGCAGGCUGCUACAGCCCCCUCCCGCCUCUACAAAGCCUACACAACUGAGGGUGGCGUCCGCGUCCCUUUUACAUGCCGCUUUCCCAAGAAUGUCAACCUCAAUCCACAAGGCGUAACACCCGGUGGUAUUACCGACCAGUUCGCUACCGUUAUGGAUCUUGCACCCUCCAUCCUGGACAUGGCCGGUCUCAAGCACCCGGCCCCGAGCUACCAGGGCCGUGAAGUUGUCUCCAUGCGUGGCCGUAGCUUCCACCCCUGGGCCAUCGGCGAGUCCGAACGUAUCCAUCCGAAGGACUUCAUCCAAGGCUGGGAAACCUGCGGCCGGGCCGCGCUACGCUGCGCAGACUGGAAAAUCGUCUUCAUUCCCAAGCCCAAGGGUCCCGAAAAAUGGCAACUCUACAACCUCGCCAAGGACCCCGGUGAGAUACAUGAUCUAGCAGAUCAGGAGCCUGAGAAGCUGAAAACACUCCUCAAGAUGUGGGAUCAGUAUGUUCUAGAGACUGGUAUCAUUCCUCUCUGUCCCGAUCUGGGAGACUUCUUGGAAGCGACUGAGGCACAAAUGCCUGAAAAUGCAUGGAUGGAGUUUGAUUACUGGAAAGAAGGUGCGCGCGAUACGCCUGAGAAGUUCACUCGUGAGCCUCCUCGAUUUCAGCGAACGGUGAAACCAUUCUAG